AGCGACGAUGCCUUCUUCCAGACCUUGCGAGCUAAAUACUGCGAGAUGCGAGGGUUGUUUCGCCGCCUGUUCAGUUUCCGCGUGUAUCACCACUGCGAGUUUGCUCACGUCGACCGGAUCGGCGUCGACGCCUACGCCCCCGGCGACCUCCGACCAUCCUUUCCGGACCCGGGCGACGCGGCCUACGCCUUCGCGCCCAAGCCUCCAAAACCAAUCCCGCCGAUCAACGCGCACGAGUUCAACCGGCGCUUCUACGCGUGCCCGCGCACCGACCCCCACACCCAUUUCCUGCCCGGCGGCGGCAGCAGGCACGCCUGCGCGCGGUACGCGGGCGUGCGCGGCGCGCUGGACCGCAUCCCCAAGCGCCGGUCGCUGCUUAGCACGCGCGCGCUCGACCGCGAGGUCGUCUGGGGGCUGGUCGCCGUCGAGCGCCCGUCGUUGGCCAGGGUGUUUGCGUACCACGUGCUGGCGCUGGCCGGGCCGUUUGCGUUCUGGGUCCUGUGGCAGACGAAGCUGGGGCACAGCGACGACUGGCAGAAUGCGUCGAUCCCGUUCGCGGUCGUCUGUGUCUUGCUGUCCAUGUUC